AUGGCGUCGCACCGCGAGCAAGGUGUUCUGGGCGAAUGGCAGUCGCUGUAUAAUGAGUUCCUCAGCGCAGAACGUGCUGCUGAAAGUGUUCAGAAGUCGCUGGCCCCGGACUCCAAAUGGCACAUUCCCUCUCCUGAGCCGUCGAUGACUGACCUGUCGAAGCCAGCUGAGAAGCAACAACCACAUAAAUUACCACAGCAGCGCCCAUGGGCACCGAUGCCGGGCGACCUGUUCGGGGCGGUCACCGAAGACUGCUGCACCGAAGAAGCAGUGGCAGUGGAGGAGGAGCUAUUGCGACGCCUCAAAUCUCGAGCUCCCAGCCCCAAAUCAAGCGGUGUGGUAUCGCUGCAAGACGCGCAUCAUCAGCUGCCUCAGUCGGGAAAUGUGGUAGCACAUGGGUACAGGCCGAACCCCCUCACAGUUGGCGCCCGGCCGCUCAGCGCGACCCACCACCACAGCACCUCCCAGAACUUGCUGCUGCAUCAGCUGCCUGCACAGCCGGGCAGGCGACCGGCCAGCCAACUCCUCAGCACCGCAUCAGCCGCUCCUUACGGACCCAGCGAAGCAGGGGAAGCCCAGGGCAAUGGAGCCACGCACGCCUUCAUGCCGGGAGCAAUCGCCCAGCCUUCCCCAUCCUCCUCCCGUCCCCAUUCACCUUUGCGACCCACAUCGCAGACCGAACCGCAUGCAUACCAACCCCCCCAUUACCAACUCCAGGUAACCUCGGCCAGCGCCCUCCGCUCCGCUGCACCUGCGGCAGAGGCAGACCGCAGCGCUUUUAAUCCCCAAUACCCGGCCCAGCACCGCCCUCAAGCCCAUCUGCGCCAGCGCCCCGCCUCUGCUUGGCCUGCGCCUUCAGCUGAGUCAUCGGAGCCCACGCAUUCGACCCACGUCGCCUACCGGAAGCAGCCCCUCACAGAGGCCAGCCCCUCGCUGCUGGGGUACCCCCGCCAAAUGCGGUCCAGCCCCGGCCGUGCCUCCAUGCCGUCGAUGCCGUCCCCAACGCUCAGCUCACGCCGCGGCUCCUCGCCACGCUCCUGCUCCCGAUCCGCUGGCGGCCGGCAGCAAUCCGGGACGACCUACGUGGAGCUGCACCAAAAGAGACAAAACAGCCCGCCGCGCUCGUUAGAGCCGCGCGACGAGCUGUUCGAUAUGUUGCACCGCGGCAUGUCACCCAACCGCCUGCGGCUACUGAUCAAGGCGGUGGGUAUGGCAGCCUAUGAAAGGGCGCUGCAGCUUUCACGCGAGGCGCUGUUGUCGUCGCCGGGGCGGUUCCGGAGCGGAGGUGGGUUGGGGGCUACAUCGACGGAGCAGCUGCAGCGGAGGGAGCCCUGGUCUCAGCAGGAACGGCAGCCGCCGCUUUCGCCAGGGGGUGCAAUGCCGCAGAAGAGUCGGCAGGCGCCAUCGCCGGCGAUUCAUCAGCAGCAAACGCAAGCGAGGCACCGCUUUCAGGGGCAGUCCUUGCAUUCUUCACCCGCAAGCAGUGCGUUUGCAUCGUCCGCAGCUCAGCAAGCAAAUCUUCGCAGAAGCGAAGGCAAGUACGGGAUGCGUCGAAGGUGGGAGGAGGACGCGGUGGCGACUCGAGGAACACCCAUAGGCGCUCUUGGGAACCUGCGUGCAUCCGCGCCCGCAGCGGCCGCGCCGGCGCAAGGCGUGGGUCGUGAAGCCGCCGCCGGCAUGAGCAGCAGGUGGGCUGAUCCAGCGUCGGUUGGCAGGGAGAAGCAGCACGCUGAACAGGCGACCGGACCGAAGGGGAGGGGUAAAAGAUCUCCGCUUCGCGUGGCUGUGGGCUCGCGCGGGAGCGUCUCUGGUGCAAGAGCGGGCGCUGUUAGCGACGGUGGGGAGGUGUCAUUGGGCCCGGGGCGCAGCAGCAGCAGCGGUGGUGGUAGCGUUCACCGGCAGGGCACGGCUGCAUGGCGGCACCCCGGGGAAGUGCUGCAUGCGGGAGCGGCCACGCUUCCCAGUCCAGAGCUAUUCAUCAGUCCCCAGGCCUACAGGGAGUACGCGGCACGUGAUCAGCAGCAGACGUGCGGCGGCGGGGACGGGGCUGCUGACGGCGGGCCCAUAGAUGCGCCUGUGGAUGAAGGGGAGGACGACGGGCUAACCGCGUUCAAUGUGCAUGGUGUGCGACAUGUACAGCAGCGUCUGGCGGCGAAUAUGGACGCAGCGGUGCGGCGUUCGGUUGUGCUGCCAACGCCUCCGUUUACGGCGUUGUUUCGCAACAAUUCAGUCUUUGGUGAUAAUGGUCGUGCGGAUGCACGGGGCCUGGCGCUCGCGCCACGCAGCCGGGCGGCAACUGCAGCACAUCCGCCACCGGGGACAACGCUCCGGCGUCCUAACCCGUCUGCGCAUUGUGUGACAGACGCAUCUGGCCGAAGUGUGGGCGGCGGCGCCGCUGCAGCCCCACCUGGCGCCGGCCAGAACACCGCAGCGCGGGACGGAGAUCCGCUCAACUUCGAGCAUCCGGAUGAGACGGACACGGAGUUUGAGCACUACGACAGCUUGUCCGGCAGUCGCGGCGGUGCUGUCAUGGCUACGGGGCCAGCGCUGCCAAUGUCACAUUUGGAGUGGCACGUAAACCCAGCAUAUGGCAUGUCGGCAGCAUCGAGCAGCGGUGGUGGCAGCGCCGUUAUGCGCUCCAGCUGGCCCAUCACACCCGCACGGGGAGAGCCAGUCUCAGAGCCCUCGCUCGCAUCCAUGCUCCCGGUCAGACACCCUGGCGGCAUCACGGCCGUUUCUAUCCUCCCAACGAAUACCGCCGUGGAUACUGCUGCUGCUUCUGCCGCUGCCGCUGCCUUGGUUUCAACGCCUUCGUCGCCCUCCUCCGAAACCGAACCCAUGAGCCGCUCCAUCGAGUCGCGUGCCGGCGCAUACGCCUGGCCUGAUGAAGCCACGUCGCCGCACUCAAACACCAGCCGGUCCGUCGUCGACGCUCAGUGGGGAGACUUGGGUAUGGAUCCAUACGACCCGGUGGGGGGUUUUGAGGGGGCAUUACCGGCUCCGCAUGUGGUUUCCCCGAAUGGUGGGGCUUCUGGCGGGGCCAGCCUUCGCCAGGCUGAUGCCAGAGGCCAGAGUCCUCAUGCUGCUAGGGGUUAUCACCACGGGCAGGGCGGUCCAGAAGCGAGAGUCGCACCUUCUACCACAGCUGCAGCAGGAGGAAUCAGUGGGCUUGGUGUUGCCCAGACGCGCAGUGCUUCGUCUCCUAGGUCUUUGGAUGCAGCGGCUCAGACGGAUGCCUCGAAGUCAGCAGUGGCGCAUCUGGACCUGGUCUCCAUCACGGAGCAGCUGAGCCGCAUGGAUCUGGCAAGUCUGGAGCUGAUCCGGGGAUACGCCAGCGGCUACAUAGACGGCCGAGUCCAGGGCCUGACACACCAUGGCCAGAUUCGGUCCCAGGUCGUGAAGUCUGCAGUGCUGCGCCUCGUAGACGACGUGCUGCAGUCGAAACGGGACGCGUCGUCGGUGCUACAGGCGCUGCCGCCGUCCAGUGAAACGGCAGCUGCCGGCAUGGAGGCGUUCGGCCCGGACACGGCGGCCGUUGUCGCAGCCGCGGCCAUUGCCGUGGCAACGGCAGUUUCGCCUGCGGCGCCGCAGUUUGGCGGCGCUGAGGCCGCCGCUACCGCAGCGGCGGUGGCGGCGACAACGUCGAGCGGCUUCAAAGGCAAUGAUGAGACGGUGGCAGGGCCGCCGCCGCCAGCUCCUUCGCGGGUCAAUACGGGUUACAGAGCCUCUGUUUCGGCCUUUCACGAGGAGCUGGUCGCGAAGAUGCGUGAGGUAGCCGGGCCAGGGGAUGAAGAUGCGGCGAAGGACGAGGCGCGGUUGGAGGAGGGGCAGCCACAGGGCGAGGAGCCGGCUGCGUCUGCACAGGCUGGGACACCUGUCAGCGCACCUCCGUCAGUGCCGUCUGUUUCCGGCGACGGCAACGGUGGGUCGCACGUCCUGGCCGGCGCCGCCCCGGAUCCCUCCAUCCGGAGGUCCGACCCGGGUGCCGCCGCCACCACCGCCUCUGCCGCGGCCUUCGUCACCAUCGGCGACAGCAUUCACAGCCCCGGUGCCGGGUCGGCGGCGGCCAGCAGGCGGCACCUCAAGUGCGUCAGCUGGCAGCGCAACACGGUGGAUGACAACGAUGAUGAUGAUGAUGACGACGAGGAGGAGGAGGAGAAAGCCAACAGCAUCUCCCCGCUGCCGCAGGCAACUAAGCCUAGGAUGCACACUUCGCACCGUAUGCGGCUGCCCUCCGCGCCACCCGUGGCGAUUGCGGGGUCUGCGGCGCCCUUGUUCGACAGGGAAGACGCGGCGGCAGCUGCAGGCGGCCGUGUUGGCGCCGAAGCUGCCGCAGCGGUCGUAAGUGCCCCGCUGAAGGCCGAGGUCUGUUUGGAGCUGGAAGACGGUUCGGACGAAGAAGAUGCUUUGGAGCUGGCGGGGGUCCUUGGUGGUCUCCACUCCAAAUCUCACCCGCCGCCAUCGGGGUCGCCACGGGGCACGGGCACCAAGCCCGGCCCUAGCCACUCGGCUCCCAUUCCAUCCGAGCCAGAGCCGCCGCCGCUGUCGUCAUCAUCAGCCCCAGACGCCAAUGGAUCUGGCCCCUUAUCCGCGCUGCUGUUCGAGCUGACUACGACCGGUGGGGCCCCGGCAGGGACAGGGAUGACUGGUGCAUCUGCAGCAACACCAGCACUCGCGGCGGAGGCAGCGCAAGGAGAUGCUUCACAGGAGCAUCCUCCAGUGCCGGAGCCUGGCGCCAACCAGCUCAUUUCCCCUGGCGCGCACGAGGAUCGUCCGACUGCGGCGGCUGUGGGAUGGACGUCCCGUGCCAGCAGUACCGCUGGUGAUGGCGACAACAGCACCAGCAGGAGCCUCUCUGGCGGCGGCGAGCGCCUCCACCGCCGCCCUUCCCUUGCGCAGCUGGUCGCAGCGCACCUGUCGGAGGGAUCGCCGGGAGGCGGCAACGGGGAUGGCGCGACGCACCAAGACCUGUCGGAAGUAGCCGGCCGUGAGCCGUCACAGCCUCAACCCGGCAAGCCGCAAACACUGCAACCGCCACAACUGUCCUUGCCACCUAGGGAGAUGCAGGCGCCGCAGCUCACUCCCGAACAGAUACAGAUUCAACAUCUGCGCGAGGAAAUUGAACAGCUCAAGCGCCAGGCCUUUUUGGCACAGCAGCGGCCCGCCCCUGGGCUGAGUCCUGGCGGUCCCUCGUCUGGGGGCGCCGGACACUACGGGCCAUCGCAAGCACCCCACCGAACCCGGGCUCGGGGAGAAGAGGAACAUGCAGGCGUAGAGGAGCAGUACGCAGAGCAGGCAACGGCGGAUGAGGCGCUUGGAGAGCAUUGGGGUACUGCAACCACCACCCGUUCAGAGCGCAGGAUUCACGCCAUCGGGUCUGCCGCCGGUGCAUCGUCUCCCCGUGGGGCAGCACCUGGGUCCGUCCGCCGAACCGCAUCUGCCAUUCGGGCCUGGCCACAUGUCGGCAACACACACCACGUCGCGCAGAGCAGCCGCUUGGGUUCUGCAGAACCCAGCUCGGCCCUCGCCUCGCCCCUUCGCGGGCGUACGGUGGUGUUGUCCAAGCCCGCAUACGCCGGCGUCUUGACCUCCCCGCCGCUAUCGCCCGCCUCAUCCCGGCCUGCCAAGCUACAGGCGCUGUCCACCUCGCCCCCAGUCAACACCUCACCCGGACAUGGACUUCAUGCGUUGAGAGAUCACUCGCCACCCGGCAGCUCGCGCUCCACCACCCCCACCCGCAAGGGCGCAGUAGCGGCGGCAGUAUCAGCACUGCCGCUGUCGCGGCAUCCGGACCUCGAUCAGGCGCUGCAGAACGAGUCCAUGUGGUUCAUUCAGCAGCUGGAAAAUGCCAUGGCUCGUACUGGCGCAGCAGGCAAGCCCGGCUCACCGGAUGGGGUACCCUCCACCACGCAGGCGGCCGCGGGAUCCCUUGGGGUUAGCGGCGGCGGCGCUGACAAAGCCGCUAGCGCUGCUACGGCAGUCGAGGAUGGGACUACCAGCGUCGGCGUCGGCGGGUCCCCCCGCGGCGACCAACUCUUAAAGGACCUUGUGGCCCGUGGGAUGCUGCGCGGCAAGCCACCGUUGUUGAAGGAGCUGCAUGAGGCGUCCCUGGAUGAGCUUGCGGCGGCGGUGGUGGGUCUGCUUAGUGGCAGCAGUGGCAAUGGCGGUGGCGGCGCAACAGGGCCGGCUGCCGCUGGCUUGUUACCGCAGCAGCAGGUUGCGGCUGAUGCGGUUAACGAUGCCGAUGAGGUGCCAGCAUCCGAUCCUGCAGCAACACAGGCAGCUGGAGAGGACCACGAGCGGACUCAGGAUACGCAGCCUACUGCACCCGUUCCAUCGUCAUCAGCCAAGCUCAAAGCCCCGCCGCCAUCGGACGAGGCUGAGGACGAUCCGCCUAGCCCCCAGCGGUCGUCUGUGUUGGCGAAAGACACCCCGGCCGCCGCCGGGGCCCUUGCUGCCUCCGCGGCCGCGACUGUGGAGACGGCUGAUGUGGAAAAGCCUGAAUCGCCAUCCCUGCGCCGCGGAGGCGACGACGUCGCGUCUUUCUCGGGCUUCGCCAACAGCCGUGUGAUCCACGAGGUAGUCGCCGGCGGUAACACGGCACAUGGCCUGCCUGCGCUGGCAGGGACUCCACCACCCGUUGCGGCAACAGCCUGUGGCACUUCGGCUGCCGGCCACGGCUCCGGGGCCGCCAGCUCGGCGGCGAUACGGACACAGAACGUAGAGCCGGAGGUCGGGGCGGUGGGCCAGGGAGGGCCAGUCACACAAGCCGUGCCUCUGCUGGUGCUCUCCAACUCAUCGAACUCGGUGUCAUCAAGAACGAGCAGCCACAGCAGCUGCGGCGGCGCGUCUUUGCGGAGGCUCUUGGAUCCCCAGGCCGGCAUGGGCACCCCACCGCGUGGCGUCGCAAUGGCAUAUCUGCGGCGGCAGCCCAGCACAGGGGUGACGUCGGGGCCGGCGGCUGCGGGGCCCAACGAUCCUGGCAGCGGUGCAGAAGUCGGCAUGUCGGAUACCAACAGCGUUCUAGAUUCUCGGUCAACCUCGAUGUCGCAGAAACGAGCGUUGAAAUCGGAAGUAGGGGCCCCGGCAGCGGUCGGCGGCCCCGGCACCGUGAUACCGCGGACGGACUCGUUUGCACAGUCAGCUGGGCGCAGCGCUGCAGCUGUAACUGCCGGUGCGGGUGAUACGGAGCCGGAGGCUGUUGUAAAAGCAGCGGGCGCCGGUGCCAGUGGCGCCGCCAGUGCUGGACCUGCAUCCCAACCAGAUAGCAGCAAAGCCGCCACUUCGCCUGCUGCUGACGCCAGCUCGGAGCCGCGAGCUGUGGCAGGGAACCCGGCAUCUGCAGACACCCCCGUGGGUAGCGGCGGCAGCACGCCCUCGCGUGGCAAGUCCCGCGACGGAAAGAACAUUGAGCCCGUGUUGACAGAGCUCCGGGGGGUCCGGUCCACCAUUGCUGCUGAGGGUGAUCCCGACGGCACCCGCACCGCCCGAAUGGCGGAACUGCUGGACCAGUUGGAUGGUUACCGCCGCGGAGUGGAACGUCGGCAUGGGCCCUCCCACAACCUCGUCUCGCAGCUUCGCACCCUGCAUGCUGACAUGAGCAAAUGGCUGCGCGCAAACACCGGUGCCAAUGCUGCUGCUUCCGCGGUUGCUACUACUCCGUCCAGCACUGCCAAACGACAGCGACCCAAAGCUGCAACUGCUGCGGCAGACGGAUCUGCGCCAUCUGUGCAGACCGAGAUUACUGCACAGGAACACGGCUCACCGGAGCGUAUAGGACGUGCAGGCCCUAACGGAGCCCCUGCUGGCGUUGGCAGUCCCGCUGUCGCAUCCGCCCAUCUGCGCCUGGCGCAGACGGACAAGCCGCUGCAAACUAUUGCGCGGGAGUCCCUGUCUUCGGUCAACACGGAUGCAACGUUUGAUCUGGUGGCGCCAUCGGCCGGAGGCACGCCACGCGACAGCACCGUCGCGCUUACUACUGAGACCUUUGCCUUUCCACUACAGCGGCAGCUUGCGCCGCAGCAACAGCAUCCGGGUGCCAGAAACGUUGCUGCUGCCGUGCCGGCGGGCAACGAUACGGAGUCUGUGUCGUUGGCACCUCCGGCCUUGCCAGGGGCCUCUGCAUUCGUGUCGGCGUCCCCAGGGCAGUCACUCUUGGCGGAGGGAAUCAACGGCGAUGCGGCGGCUCCAGGCGGCAUGAGCCUGAUGGACCUGGCAAACCGGCUCAACAACAUGACGAUAAAGCAACAUCAGCAGGCGUAUGGUGGUCCAACAGCUUCAGCGGCGGCCGGAAGUGCCAGCGGCCAUGCCACCGCCCCUGCCGCCGCCGCCGCGUUCCUGCCGGGCCCACGCGGUGGCAUGGGCGCUGUAGCCGCGCUGCCGCCGCAUUCAACAGGGGAGACUGCACACAAGGGAGGAGCGGAGUCGUUGCCAAUUCACGCAGCUCAGACGCAGGCGCACACGCGGGUCAUGGCCCUGGGCUCGGGCCCAAGCACGGCGUCCCUUGCCGCGGAGGCGCCGGCCAAGGCGACAAAUGGCGGUGAAGCCCCCUCAAAGAAAGAAGCAUUGAAGCAUAAAUCUAAGAGUAAAUGGGGAUUACUGUUUGGCGUGGGAAAGAAAUAA